AUGCCUCGAGGUCAGAGGAGUAAGCUCUUUGCCUGGGAGAAACGCCACCAGACCCAAGAUGAGGCUCGGGCUUAUAGAGGUAGACGUGCUUGGGAAAUACCAGAGGAAACACCAGAAGCAGCAGAAGAGUUCUCUGCUGCUUCCCAGAGCCAGCCUGGGGCUGAGUCUUCCACCACUCCCGAGGCUCCUCAGAAAGCAACACCAUCUGCCUCGACUCCUCUGAGUGUUUCUUCCUCUGAAUCAUAUGAAAGUUCCAGUGAGGAAAGUGAGAAAUUCGAGGAAAGGGAAUGCCCUUUUGAGGGCAAGACCUGCGGCAUCAUUCUGCACUGUGAUCUGAUAGACAGAAAGGUGAUGAUCCUCCUACGGUACCUGCUCCACAACUACAAUUUGAAGCAGCUUACUACCAAGGAAGAAAUGCUGAAGGUUGUCACCAAGAAGUAUGAGAAAGACUUCCCUGAGAUCCUCAGGAAAACCUCUGAGAAGCUUGAGGAAAUCUUUGCUGUGGAAGUGAGGGAAGUCAACUCCAGUGAGCCCUCAUACAAUCUCAUCAGCAAGCUGAAGCUUCCCAACAAUGGGAGGAUUCGUGCUGGCAAAGGCCUACCAAAGACUGGUUUCCUGAUGAGUAUCUUGGGUAUCAUCUUCAUUAAAGGCAAUUGUGCCAGUGAGGAAGAAAUCUGGGAAAUCCUGAAGAAGAGGCAGAUCUAUCCAGGGAAGAAGCACCGUGUCUUUGGUGAGCCCCGGAAGCUCUUGACCGAGUAUUUGGUGAAGCUGAAGUACCUGGAGUACCGACAGGUGGCCAACAGUGAUCCUCCACGCUAUGAGUUCCUGUGGGGUCCCCAAGCCCAUGCUGAAAUAAGCAAGAUGAAAGUCCUGGAGUUCUUGGCCAAGAUAAACAAAACAACACCUAGUGUCAUCUCUGCCCUUUAUGAAGAAGCUUUGAAAGAAGAGCAAGAACGAGCAGAAGCCAGAGAUCAAGUGUCCCAGAGGAGGGGAUCCACUGAACUGGCCUCUGCUGAGGUGACAUGGUCGCUGUCUACAGUUCCAUAUAAUGUCUCAUCAGAUUUGGCUGUUGUUUUCAAGGCCAUCUGGCAUACUCAGGCUGGUUGUCAAGAAAUGCCUACUGCAAAUGAUCUAGGCCAGCUGUCACGUCCAUUGAGGCUUAGUUAUCCCACAACAGAGACUGUGGCAGCAUGCUUAAGUCUCACACAGGUUCAAGUCAGGUUUCUAGAAAUGAGAGGGUGA